AUGCAGGAUCCUUAUAUCAAAUACCUGAUGGAAGAGCUUGGAAAAUGCAAUGACGAGCGCAAAAUCGCGAAACUCAAUCUGGAGCUAAAGACGGCACUAGACAAGCUGGCAUUGAGGGAAGAGCGUCUGAGGCUUGAGGGGGUGAUGGACACGUGCCAAAACCCGGAAAGGAAGGAGGAGCUAAAGGCGGCACUAGACAAGCUGGCGUUGAAGGAAGAGUUGAUAAGGCAUGAGGAGAAUAUCCGAGAAGAGCGGAUGAGGGCUGAACAGAGAAUGAAAAAAGAGCGUCUGAGGCUUGAGAGGAAGAUGGACACGUGCCAAAACCCGGAAAGGAAGGAGGAGCUAAAGGCAGCACUAGACAAGCUGGCGUUGAGGGAAGAGCGUCUGAGGCUUGAGGGGGUGAUGGACACGUGCCAAAACCCGGAAAGGAAGGAGGUGCUAAAGGCGGCACUAGACAAGCUGGCGUUGAGGGAAGAGUUGAUAAGGCAUGAGGAGAAUAUCCGAGCAGAGCGGAUGAGGGCUGAACAGAGAAUGAAAAAAGAGCGUCUGAGGCUUGAGGGGAAGAUGGACACGUGCCAAAACCCGGAAAGGAAGGAGGAGCUAAAGGCAGCACUAGACAAGCUGGCAUUGAGGGAAGAGCGUCUGAGGCUUGAGGGGGUGAUGGACACGUGCCAAAACCCGGAAAGGAAGGAGGUGCUAAAGGCGGCACUAGACAAGCUGACGUUGAGGGAAGAGCGUCUGAGGCUUGAGGGGGUGAUGGUGGACACGUGCCACAACCCGGAAAGGAUGGAGGAGCUGAAAUGCAGAUGGAAGCAAUUUGAGAGACAAAUUUAUCGAACACCAAUACAACUAUCAUCGUUCUUAGCAAUCAGGAAGAUACCAGAAUACCGUAACAAUUCCGAGUUUAUCAGGUUUCCAGCCCAGUAUCUAAAAUUUGCAGGUGUUGGGGAACAUUUGGCGGAGAAGGAAAAUGAUAGCAUGGAUGCUAUGGUAUACUGUCGACAGGCAGUCCAAGAGCAAAUGAAAUUCAUGCAAGAAGCAGUGAUAAAGAGAGGUUGCUUUGGAUGGGUGAAUGGAUCGCCAGGGACCGGAAAGUCAUUGACGGCGCUUGCCUUUUGUCUCGGACUUAACAGUAGCGCAUGGAAUGUUUGCUGGCUUCAUUUGUCAAGGUUCAAUUCACCGGAAGGGCUUCUCAGGAACGAGCAAGGUGUUCGCGCAGUAAAGCUCUUAAGUUACUCUGAUCAAGACAUGCUGAGUUGCCUGGGACUGACUGAGUCCAAUCGUCCGGCGUUGAUCAUUCUAGAUGGAUACCGGAAGUCGGAGCGAUGUGAAUCGCUGGUUGAAUUAUUGAGCGAUUGGCGAAAUCAAGACAAGAGUAUGCGUCGUUUACUUGUUGUGACUUCUAUGUCAGGGAACAUUAAAAUUCAAGGAGGAGAAGAUACUAGACUUGAAAUGGAGUUUUUCUUUGUCAAUCCAUGGACAGAGCAGGAAUAUCUUUCUGCCGUAAAGUGCAACGAGUUCUACGAAUUGGUGAAGGAAAACCUUGAUUCGGAGAUGGUCCUGGAAUCUCAUGGCAAUCAGAGUGAUCGUAGGAUCAGAAUUCAAUCGAAGUAUUUUUAUGCUGGAAAGUCAUCGAGGUGCAUGUUUGCAUGGAAUACGUCAGAGGUGAUAAAACGGCUUAGACGAGUCUUGACUGCUGUCCAAAACUUUGAAUCACAUAUGAGUUCGGGAACGCAGUCUCCAAAUUUGAUCGACGGCUUGUUCUCAGUAAGAAGAGAUGCCGUCAGCCAAAGUGAUUGCCUGACAUUUGUCAGUGAAUAUGUGGCAUUCGAAUUUGCCAUUCGCAUGGGCCCAGACCGAUUAAGAAAGUGCGCAGCAUUGUUCGAACCAAACGAUCCGAUAAUGCAAGGGAAAUUUUUCGAAAUAUUGUUUUUUGCCACGAUUGCUGCACAAGACCUUCAGAUUUUCUGGAGAGUUGGAGGAAAUGGCACAGAAAUCUGGCCUAAAGGUGUGGUCAAGAUAGUGUCAAACGAUCUCGAUCAGACUUUUUUCGAUGGGAAUGAAAAUGGUUUGUGGGCAAAGCCAUUCAACUUCAAUCAUCCAGCCUAUGAUGGUGUUUUUCUGAACAAGACAGAUGGAUCAGUGCGCUUCGUGCAAGUAACAAUCGCCAAAGAGCACUCGUUGAACCUUGCUCCAUGUGCAAAGUUCUUGGAAAAACUGACAAAUAUUGGCUUCUGCGUCAGAAAUGUGGAAUUCUACUUCGUUGUGCCUAAAGCACUUGAGCGCUUUAAGACUAUGGUUGGGAAAUUGGUACGGAAUGGAACAAAAUUCCAGUAG